AUGUAUAGCAUUAUUAAAUUAAAAAAUUUUAAACCUGUUUCAACACAUUUAUCAUCAAGAUUUUUUUCAACGAUUGUUGAAGAGCCUAUUAAAAAAUCGAUUGUUGAAAAGUUAACAAACAAAUUCACACCAAGCCACCUCGAAGUUAUAAAUGAAAGUUAUAUGCAUUCAGUACCACGUGGUUCAGAAACUCAUUUUAAAGUAAUUAUAGUCAGCAAUGAAUUUGAUGGAAAAACAAUGAUUUCGCAACAUAGAUCAAUAAAUGAAACAUUAAAGGACGAAUUUAAAAAUGGUGUUCAUGCUUUAAGUAUUCAUUCUACAACACCUUUAAAAUGGGAAAUGGAUCAAUCUGUAAACAAAUCCCCAGGUUGUAUGGGUGGUAGCAAAAAAGAAAAAGAGAAAAAAAAUAAUAAUAAUUAA